AGAAGACAAAAAGUACAGAAAAAAAUCAAUUAACCAUUUCGUUCUUUAAAAAGUUUGUAACAUUCAAUGAAAAAAUGAAUUACGACUUUUUGCAAAGUUAUAAUAUACCAGUUGCACGUCAGAGCACGGACAAUCAAUAUGCCAACACCAAUAAUUCAAAGAUGGAGGGGGCUUAUGGGAAUUACUCGAUGCAAUCAUCGCAAAGUGCCGCCGCAGUGAAUACCGCAUAUUAUGGUUAUGGUGGUGCUAAUUUAUACAAUGAGAGUUAUCAAUCGGCCGGUAUUGCUACCGGCAGUUCAGGCGAUUAUUAUCAGAAUCCAGAUCGUUAUAUACCACCAUCUAAACAUGGUACCGGCUACGUACCGCAUAGAACUCCAUUCAAACGCAAAAUAAAUACUGUGGCUGGCGGUGGUAGUGCUGCCAAAAAGGAGGCUCCAAUUGCAGAAGUUUCAAGCGAUGGAAAGUUACUCAUAUUCUUGGGUCGCGACGAAUCAUAUCCCGAUGAAUUGAAUUCAUUGAUACAUCCAUUGUCUUGUGACUUGUGUAAUAUAAAAAUGAAUUCGAGAAUGAUCGCCAAGGAUCAUUAUGAAUCAAAGGCACAUGAUAAGCAUAUUUCAUCAUGGUUACUUAAAAACUACACCGAAAAUGGCAUAAAUCCACCAUUGGUUAAACGUUUUAUUAAACAAUACACAAACAUACCAGAUAACUUGAGCUCUAAGACUUGUGAUCUAAAAUUAACACCAUUAACACAUGAACAUCCAUGCAAAGUAAAUACUGCUGUUGGUGGCGUUAGUGCUGCAGAAAAGCAGGAUCUGAUUGCAGAAGCUACAAGCUAUGAAAAGUUGAACAUGUCUUUGGGUCGCGACGAAUCGUAUCCCGAAGAAUUAAAUUUACUGAUACAUCCAUUGUCAUGUGACUUGUGCAAUAUAAAAAUGAAUUCAAGAAUGAGUGCAAAGGAUCACUAUUUAUCACAGGCUCAUGAUAAUCAUAUAUCUUCUUGGUUAUUUAAAAAUUACACUGAAAAGGGCAUAAAUCCGCCAACAGUUAAACGUUUCCUUAAACAAGGUCCGACCGGACCAGAUGCCUUUUACUGUGAGUAUUGUGAUCUCAAAUUAACAUCAUUAACACAUGCCAAUCAACAUUAUGCUGGUAAGAAACAUCGUUUGGUUAUUGCACAGAGAGCUAAACCCUCCGGUGCUGGUUUUUAUAAUUCUGAAGGGAAAUGGGUACGUACUGGCACCAAAGUAAUACCGGAUCAAUACAAAGAUAGACGUUUUGGCAUUGGUGAUGGACACAAAUAUGCUGAAAUCAUAAAAUUAGCUCAAAGUGUAAAUAGUGCUGAAAACCCACCAUCAGCAAACACUACUACUACAACUAGUGCCGCUGAUACUACUACAACUACCACAAAUGAAAGUGAAGUCAAAACAAAUACCGUGGAUACUCCAAAAACCCCAUUGACUAGCUCUUCGGAUCAAGAUCCAGCUUUAUUUUGCUCAGUUUGCAAAGUCAGUGUAACAUCAGCGGUUCAAAUGACCAUGCAUUUGUCUGGCUCCAAGCACAUGAAAAAACUAAAAUUAGCUGGCCUCAAUCCAACACCCACAGACAGCAAUGUUGAGUCGAAAACGGCUAUAUUGCCGCCGUCGAGCAUUACGGAUAACGUACUGUUUUCAGCCAUAAAAGAGGAAAUAAAACCGGACCCUACCGAUUUAUCAAUGUAUCGUACACCCAGCGGUCAAUAUUAUUGUAAGACUUGUAACACCUCUAUGCCACAUUUGCCUGGUUUGGAGCAACAUCUGAAGGGAAAACGUCAUUUGAGAAAGCAAACUGAAGAUAAGGCUAUGGCAUCUCUGGCUGCUAAGAAAAUUAAAUAAAUUCGGGAUUUGCAAACUCUUACUAUAAUGUUUUAACUAAAACUAUUUUAUUCAUAAAUAUUGUAUUAAGUUUACAUUUAUGUAAGCAUGUAUGAGUGCUUAAUAAAUGUAAUGAUUACAUUAAGAAA